AUUCCAUCAGAAAUGAGUAAUAUUAAUGCGUUGAUGAACAACGGUAUCACUGCCAUGUGCUCAAUCUGUGGUGACCGUGCAACAGGGAAACAUUAUGGUGCGUCCAGUUGUGAUGGAUGCAAAGGUUUCUUCAGGAGAAGUGUUCGAAAAAAUCAUGUCUACACAUGCAGGUUUAGCAGGCAGUGUGUGGUUGACAAGGACAAGAGAAACCAGUGCAGAUACUGCAGGCUCAAGAAGUGCUUCAGAGCUGGGAUGAGAAAGGAAGCUGUACAGAAUGAAAGGGACAGAAUCAGCAUUCGCAGGACCAGCUAUGAAGAUAUUGGCUCUCUGUCCAUUGCUACACUGAUCCAAGCAGAAACAAUGGCUAGGCAGAUAUCUGGUUUCAAUCCUGUUCAUCAUGCUGAUAUUGCAAUGAAGAAGAUCGCAACGAUCAAUGAUGUUAGUGAAUCCAUGAAACAGCAACUGCUUGUUUUAGUCGAAUGGGCAAAAUCUAUCCCAGCAUUCUGUGAAUUGCUACUGGACGACCAGGUUGCAUUGCUUAGAGCUCAUGCAGGGGAGCACUUGCUGCUGGGUCUGGCUAAACGUUCAAUACCUUACAAGGACAUCCUCUUGUUAGGAAAUGAUUACAUCAUUCCCAGGCACUGCCCAGAAUUAGAAAUUAUGCGUGUUGCAAACAGGAUUCUGGAUGAGCUGGUGAAACCAUUUCAUGACCUCCAGAUAGAUGAGAAUGAAUUUGCUUGCCUCAAAGCUGUGGUAUUUUUUGAUCCUGAUUGCAGGGGUGUUAGUGAUACAGCAAAAAUCAAAAAUAUGCGAUUCCAAGUGCAGGUCAACCUGGAGGAUUAUAUCAACGAUCGUCAGUAUGACUCCCGUGGACGGUUCAGUGAUAUUCUCCUGCUUCUUCCAUCACUGCAGAGCAUCACAUGGCAGAUGAUUGAACAAAUUCAGUUUGCCAGACUCUUUGGAGUGGCAAGAAUUGAUAAUCUUUUGCAGGAAAUGCUGUUGGGAGGAUCCACAACCGAAGUAACUCAGUACCCACAUUCUGGACAUUCUGGUCUAGUUCACAAUCCUUUAAGUGGCCAUGCAGUGAUUACAACGGGUGUGUCUUCAGCAAUCCAUCAUGUUCAAAUCUCAUCACCAGAGACUCCACUUCCGUCGCCGUCUUCUGGUUCAGGAAAUGAAGACUAUAAACUGCAUCCUGUUGCUCAGAUUCAGACUCCGUCUGCACGUAUGCUGCCUCAAACCAUCGUUCCCAAGCAGGAAAUAUUGUAAAAUAAUAAACCAAUGUAAUCCCACACUGACCAUGUGCAAAAACAUAUACCAAUUUACAACAGGCACUUCUCCAAACCACAAAUGUCAGUUAAUAUGGAAAGAAACAGAAAGUGUGUUGUGAGCUGUUAACUAGCAUGUUUGUAAAGAGAAUGAUCAUAAGUAUUCAUACCACCUCAUAUCAUUAAUACAUGUAGAAGUCAAAAAUGUGGAAAAAUAUCGAAUAUAUCUAUACAUAAUUCAUCUUAAAUUUCCUCUGUACUUAAACCAAGAGACACAUAAUCUAGCACAAUCAUAGAAUUUUAGGUGUAGGUUAGUUAUGCUCAAAAGUCCAAUGCACUCAAAUCUCCUCAAUUUAUAACAACUGACUUUCAACAUCUCCAUCUGAACCAUAAGUCUAUCCAUAAAACCAGCUCUUCUCAUAAAUUAAAAAGGUGAAGUGAGAGUGACUACCAUUGACAUCAAGGCAGCAUUCAACCAAAUAUGGAAUCAAUAAGCACUAGCAGAACUGGAGUGAAUGGGAAUCAGGGGGACAUCUCAAGGCUGGCUGGAGUUAUGCUUUGCACAAAGAAAGUUGACUGUGAUUGUUAGAAGUCAAUCACUUUGGCCCAAGAUGUCUCUGCAGGAGUUCCUCAGGGUAGUUUCCUAGGCUUAACCAUCUUCCGAUGUUUCAUCAAUGAUCUUCCCUCCAUCAUAAGCUCAG